AUGAGUGUCACCGCGGGUUCCAACCUACGAGUGGCCGUUGUUCAGGCCGAGCCAGUGUAUUUCGAUCUUAAGGGUGCUGUCGAUAAGACAAUCAAGCUUAUCGGGGAAGCUUCCAAUCAAGGCGCAAGAUUAGUUGCAUUCCCCGAAGUUUGGAUUCCCGGCUAUCCAUCAUGGAUCUGGGCACGAGGCUGUGACAUUGACCUGGUUCAGAGAUACAUCAAAAGUUCUUUGCGUCUGGACUCCCCAGAAAUGACAAGAAUCUGCGAAGCUGCCGCUGUUCACAACAUCGAUGUCGUGCUUGGCUACUCAGAACGGGACGGUGACUCGCUUUACUUGGGGCAAAGCUACAUCGGCGCGGACGGCGUCAUCAAGUGCAGCCGACGAAAGAUCAAACCUACGCAUAUGGAGCGAACCGUGUUUGGUGACGGUAGUGGAAAGUCACUUCUGAAUGUUGUUGAACGCCCUGAGAUUGGCAAGGUCGGGAUGCUCUGCUGCUGGGAGCAUUCUCAGCCGCUGCUCAAGUAUCAUACGCACUCUCAAGGGGAGCAAAUUCAUGUCGCGGCUUGGCCAGCCCAGUUGCCUCACGAAGAGGGUAAAGGCCUGUGGUCCACGGCCAACCAAGGGUCCCUCAAUCUUUCCGUCACCUACGCCAUAGAGGGUGGCUGUUUCGUGCUACACGCCUGCGCCAUCAUCAGCUCCCGCGGGGUUGAUAUUAUGCGAACUCAUGAUGGAGAUCAGUAUUAUGCGCCAGGUGGCGGUAAAUCCUGCGUUAUUAGGCCGGACGGCAAGGUCAUUUCUGAAUUUCUCCCCGAUGAUCAGGAGGGCCUAAUUAUGGCUGAUCUGAACAUGGAUGACAUUCUGCGCUCCAAGGCCUAUCUAGACACCCAAGGGCAUUAUAGCCGACCUGACCUUCUUUGGGCGAUGGCAAACACAGAGGAGAUGAGAAGGGUAAGAUGA